UCCAGCCCUUGUUUUCCCGUUCUCCAGACAGAAUUCCUGCUCUUCUGCGCUGCUGUUGCUCGUGGCAAGCAGGCUGCGUUUAACAUUGGAUAAGUGAUCGUCUUUCAGACUAACAUACGAUUCCCCUCGUCCCCGUUCUUGGAAUGCAAGUCUUAGCAUUGUUUCCCCCCUCAUAAAUCAAAUGAUAACGUUAAUCCCGUAGUGGAAAGUGUUUACUAAUCUCUGGGAAUGUUUUCGGUCAUAUCGCUAUGGAUUGAGUCUUUUUCAAACGGCUGAACAAUUUAGAGGAUCAGUCUUUCGCGUGAGUGUUUGACUACCUACCUACACGAAGACCGGGCGAGCCAACUAACGUUAACGUUAGGCUACCUAACUUGAUGUUUCGUUUGGUCUGUUCAGGAAAAAAACUGGUCCCGAAUGUCUUCACGUAUUGCAAAGGUUAUACUCGGGAAGAUUCUUCGGCUUAUUAUCUAGGAAAAGGCGUGUGUUAGGGACUUCAGUCACAAUACGGAUUUUCUUCGAGGGAUUUUCUGAGAGGAUUAUUUUUUUUUUUUAAGUGAUGGCCGAGCGGGGAGCAGAUUUGCUGCUCUCUCUCAUCUGUCUCACCUUUCUACACCCGCUUACCAUGGCCGUUCAUGUCGACAAAGAGUCAACAGUGCCUCAAUUCAUUCCAUUUGGUUUCUCUGUGGAACCAGUGGACAUACUUGUGGUACGAGGUGGACCGGCCAUACUAAACUGCUCAGUUGACAGCCCAGUAGCUGCUCGGGUAGAGUGGAAGAAAGAUGGUAGCUUCUUGAGGCUGCAGGCAGAUGAGCGACGACACCUCCUGGACGACGGCUCACUGUUCAUCUCGUCAGUGCUGCAUUCAAAACACAAUAAACCUGAUGAGGGUAUUUACCAAUGUGUGGCAUCCAUCCAGAACAUGGGCACUAUAAGUAGUAAGACAGCACGGCUCAGCGUGGCAGGUAUACCUAGGUUCUCCAGUCAGCCUGAAGCAGGUCUUGUGAAACAUGGUGACAACCAUGUAUUCUUAUGCGACAUUAAUCAGGACCUUGUGGCUUUUUCCCGCUGGGAACUCAACCGGCAGCCCAUAUUGCUUGAUCAGAGGGUCUUUCAGCUGCCCAGUGGGGCACUGGUUGUCAGCAAUGCCUCUGAUGCCGAUGCCGGACUUUAUCGCUGUGUGGUUGAAACAGGGGGUGCAGUGAAAAACAGUGAAGAGGCGGAGCUUAAAGUCAUAUCUGAAACCGCAGAACGAAGAAAGCUUGAAUUUUUGAAGACGCCCUCAGCCAUGUCUAGAGUGCUAGGGGACAGUGUACUUCUUCCCUGUGUGGUGACAGGGUAUCCUGCUCCCUAUGUUAGAUGGAUGUUUAAUGGCCAGCUCAUUGAGGAGAGUGAGGGACGUUUUGAAAUUGUUGGUGGGGGAAGUUUGCAUGUUCUCAACCUAACUGAAGAGGAUGCUGGGACAUUCAGUUGCCUUGCAGACAAUGUGAAUGACUCCAUAGAGGUUCAGGUUGAGCUUAAAAUUCAAGUUCCUCCCCAGUUCCUGAAAAAGCCAGUGAACACCUAUGCUCAUGAAUCAAUGGAUAUCAUCUUUGAGUGUGAAGUAACAGGUUCACCUGCACCGACUGUUAAAUGGGUCAAGAAUGGAGAUGCGGUCAUCCCCAGUGACUACUUCAAAGUAAUUAAGGAGCACAAUCUCCAGGUGCUUGGACUGGUGAAAUCCGAUGAAGGCUUCUACCAGUGUAUGGCUGAGAAUGAUGCUGGCAAUGUACAAGCCAGCGCCCAGCUCAUUAUUCUGGAUCAUGAUGUGUCCCUGCCCUCCCCCUCAUCCCCCUCACUGAUCAGUGCCACUACUGAACAUGUAACACCAGGCUCUGGUGGCAGCGAUGGACCUACACCCUCAGCCCCACGUGAUCUUGUGGCUUCGCUCGUGUCCACCCGCUUCAUUAAGCUGACCUGGAGACAGCCAGCUGAGACCCAUGGGGAAGAAGUUUCCUACUCCGUCUACUACAGCCAGGAGAGUAUGAACAGGGAACGCAUAGUGAACACCAGUCAGCCUGGAGAGAUGCAGGUCACCAUCCAGAACCUCAUGCCUGAUUGCAAGUACACCUUCCGGGUGGUUGCACACAAUAAUAAUGGUGUGGGUGAGAGUUCCAAUGCCCUGACUGUCGCCACACAGCCUGAAGUUCAAGUACCAGGACCAGCUCCCAAUCUUCAAGCCGUGGCCACCUCCCCUACCUCAGUUACUGUAAGCUGGGACAUCCCUCUCACAGGCAAUGGAGAGAUUCAGACCUACAAGCUUUACCACACUGCAAAAGGCCAAGACACAGAGCAGGAAAUCGAUGUAAGAGGUCUGUCUUACACCUUAAGUGGGCUGAAAAAAUUUACAGAGUACAGCUUCCGGGUGGUGGCUUAUAACAAACAUGGACCAGGAGUGUCCACAGAUGAUGUGAUGGCGCAGACAUUUUCUGCUGUACCAAGUGCCCCACCACAGAAUGUGACUGUAGAGGUUCUGAACUCAAAGAGUAUCAUGGUACGAUGGCAACCACCCCCUGCAGAUGAUCAGAAUGGGGAGAUUACUGCAUAUAAAAUCCGCUACCGUAAGGGGGCCCGAAAAAGUGAGGCGUCAGAAAUUGUUGCAGGGACACAGCUCCACAAACUCCUUGACAAUUUGCAGCGCGGAACUGAAUAUUCCGUACGAGUGACUGCUAUGACGUUAAAUGGGUCCGGUCCAGCCUCAGAUUGGGUUACUUCUGAGACGUUUGAGAGUGACCUUGAUGAGUCAAGAGUUCCAGACAUCCCCAGCUCCUUGCAUGUGCGACCUUUGGUCAACAGCAUAGUGGUGAGUUGGACUCCUCCAGAGAACCAAGAUAUCGUGGUCAGAGGUUACAGUAUUGGCUAUGGUAUUGGCAGCCCACAUGCUCAGACUAUAAAAGUGGACUACAAACAGCGGUACUACAGCAUUGAGAACCUAGAUCCAAGUUCUCACUAUGUGAUCACUUUGAAGGCUUUCAAUAAUGUUGGAGAAGGUAUACCUGUCUAUGAGAGUGCCAUCACCCGGCCCCAAUCAGACCCCAUAGACCCUGAUGUUGAUUUGUAUGAAUUGUUCCAUGCUCCAUACACUCCAGUCCCAGACCCUACCCCCAUGCUGCCCCCAGUGGGAGUGCAGGCCUCCGUGCUCAGCCAUGACACAGUCAAGGUCAGCUGGGCUGACAACUCGCUACCCAAGAAUCAGAAGAUCACAGAUGCCCGUUAUUAUACAGUGCGCUGGAAAACUAACAUACCAGCCAACACCAAGUUUAAGAUGGCCAACACUACUACCUUGAAUCAUAUGGUUAGUGGACUGAAGCCCAACACACUAUAUGAGUUUUCGGUCAUGGUAACUAAAGGACGGAGAAGCAGUACUUGGAGCAUGACUGCCCAUGGCACAACAUUUGAGAGCAUUCCCAGCUCUUCCCCAAAAGAUGUGACUGUUGUUAGCAAGGAGAGCCGGCCAAGAACCAUCAUAGUGAACUGGCAGCCUCCUUCUGAAGCCAAUGGAAAAAUUACAGGGUACAUAAUCUACUACAGCACAGAUGUCAACGCAGAGGUGCACAACUGGGUAAUUGACCCUAUAGUUGGCAACAGACUAACUCAUCAGAUCCAAGACCUCACGCUGGAUACCACAUACUUCUUCAAGAUUCAGGCUCGCAACUCCAAGGGCAUGGGCCCCAUGUCAGAGGCUGUACAAUUCCGUACACCUAAAGCUGAAUCCUCAGACAAAAUGCCUAAUGACCAAGCUUCUGGCCUCCCAAAACCCGGUAGCCGACUACCACCUCCAGAAGGAAAUGGAGUCGUUGGGAAGACAGGCUUGUCUGGUGCCAGUGAGAACCACAUUCUGGUAAUCAUCAUAAUAAUCUCAGUGGGGGCCUUUACCAUCAUAGUGGUGGUGGUUGGAGCAUUUCUAUGCACUCGACGCACAACCUCUCAGCAGAAGAAGAAACGAGCUGCAAUUAAGUCCACCAAUGGGUCACACAAGUACAAAGGCAACUCCAAGGAUUUAAAGCCACCAGAUCUGUGGAUACACCACGAGCGGCUAGAGCUUAAGCCUAUGGACAAGUCUCCUGACCCCAACCCAGUCAUGACGGACACUCCUAUUCCACGUACGUCUCAGGAUAUCACUCCUGUUGACAGCACCUUGGACAAUCCAGUGCUUCAGAGACGUAAUUCAUAUCGUGGCCAUGAGUCAGAAGACAACAUGUCUACGUUGGCAGGCCGUCGGGGAAUGAGGCCUAAGAUGAUGAUGCCUUUUGACACUCAGCCUCCUCAGCCUGUGAUCAGUGCCCAUCCCAUCCAUUCCCUUGAUAACCAUUAUCACCAUUAUCACCUGGAUACCCUGGCCUCACCCACUCAUGGCCACCUGCAUCACCAACACAGCCCUCGGUCCAUCACCACCCCCAUCUCUCAUCUAGACGGGUCCAAUUCCACAGGUGAGACAGAGUCAGUGAGCCGCAACAUUGCCAGUACGGAGCUGCUCCCCGCAGCCUCUGCACAACCUAUCUACUCAGUGGAACCCUCUGAGACAGAUGUCAGCUACCACAGUUCAGCUGCUGAAGAUGAGCCAAAUACGUACCCACCCACUGCCCAUGUGCGACCAACACACCCACUCAAGAGUUUUGCUGUGCCAGCCAUAACUCCUCACAGCGCUAACUUUGAGUCACCAGCUUUGCCUAGCACCCCCCUACUUGCGCAAACAGGGCCUCAUUCGGUUAAGACUGCUUCCAUUGGCACACUAGGAAGAACCCGACCCCCCAUGGCUGUUACAGUGCCCAGUGCCCCAGAUGUGCCAGAGAGCAGCAAGAUGUUGGAGGAUCCAGAAAAUAGCUACAAGACAGAUGUGCUGACAGAGGAGAUGGCUCAUCUGGAGGGCCUUAUGAAAGACCUAAAUGCCAUCACUACCACCUGAGCACAGCACCUUUGUAACUCCAGUGAAGUCUCAUACACUACAGACUCAUAAAUAGGAUGACCUUUCAAAUGAACACAAGAACAUCAAAAGAAAAAAAAACAGAAAAUAAACUUAACAUUCUGGCUAACCUUGCUUAGUCUCAGGAAGGAGAUGGCCAUGUUAUCAACUGUUUGCUUUUUUAAACUAAAGGGGAAGGUGCCAACAUUCUCAGAGGACCGUAAUAUCAGUUCAAGCAAGAAGAUUUCAAUACUUUUUUCUUAUCCUCAGCAAGAAGAUUUUUUCUUCAAUUUGAUUGCUAUGGAGUCAGCUGUAAAAGACAAUUUUCUCAUGCUAGAAGAAAAAGGAAAAUGACAGCAUUUUAUUUUUCAUGUUGGUGCUUUGAACAUUCAAGUGUUUUCCCUGCAAUUUCAUAUGUAUAUUGCUCAUAUUCUCCAUGUUCAUGUAAUUUGUUUUUGUUCUUUUUGUAUGCAGCAUUUGGUUCCUUUUUUUGGUAUGUCAUAUAUUGUGCCAUGUCUUAGUUAUUUUCUGAAAUGUGUAUUGUGAUAUACAAAUAACCUAUAGAUUUGUAUAUAAGUUAAACCUCCUUUGUGCUGUUACUCUUAUUUUCAGCAUUGUCUGUGCGAGAGUAUUCACACUCCAGUUCGCUCCAUUUGGGAUGUGCUGUGUUUUUUUCAAUGUGUGUGCCCACAUCCUUCCACCAAGAUGCAUCAUAGACCUUUUGUGUGACCCUUUUCAAAGAUGGCCUUAUUAUUUUUCUUAUAUUUAAAAUGUUUUUGUAUCAAGUUGUCAUGGAACAUAUGAUGUUCUUUCAUUAAGAGGUACUACAUAAUACUGUGACUCCUGAUGGGUUAGUCCUGAAUUCCCAAAAUGCUGUCUAAUUUGUCAAUCACACAGACCUAACACAGGUGUGGUGGUCGCAAGUCAUAUCAGAAUCAUAUCUUCCUGUUGACCAACAGUCAGGCUUGUUCAGGCAGCCAGUCUAUCAACCAAACUUACCUACUGCCUGCUCCAUGUAAUUGUAGUUGGAAAGUAGAAAUUUAGAGAUUUAAUUUUCUUAACAACUGAAAAUAUUGCGCACUGUCUGAGAUUCUCCCCACUCACGUUAUCAAAAUGAAGUUCUUUUCGCAUCAGUGCACUUUUGGAGUACAUAGAAUUAACAAAAGUGUAACGAGUCCUAAUUCAGCUUUUUUAAACAUGUCAUUUUAUAUGAAGAAAAUACUAUGUUCUUGAAUUUAAAAAAGAAAGUCUGCGUGAAUGGAAGAAGAAGAUUAUGUUCCCUUGGGACAGUGUUUUUUACAUACCUGUUGCCCAAAGAAGAAAUGUCAUCACAAUCAUUUUGUUCUACUUUUUCAUGUCUCAUGUACAACUUAUUGAAUGUCAAGGUGAUUGUAACAAGUUGGGUUUCAAGGAACAUAUAAAAUGCCCAGCCAGGAUGGGUCAAAAAGAAAAAAAAAAAACAUGUUUGGUAGCCUGUUGAGUUGUAGAUGGUCAUACUCUUAUUGCACUUUUUCCGAUUUUUCAAAAAAAGAAAGCAUUUCUUACAUAUCCCGUUUGGAAUGAACUAGCUCUCUUUGUGUAAUGUAGUGUCAUAGCUUAGCUGUUGGCAGCUGGUGUUGUUUCUUUGUAUAUUUGCCUCUGAAAUGGAAUUUAGCAACCACUUUACACGUGUUGCAGCUGAGUACUUCUACGCUUAUUUCUGUACAAAAUCUCCUUUGCUGUCUGUAGAAUGUACUGUGGGAUUUUUAAGCACAGAAAAAAAUCUGAAAACAGUACGAACUAGUUUGUUUGCUUGAUCUCCCAAAACAUUCUUGAUACAACUGUCAUAUGCCAUUAUGAAAUCAACUGUGUGUACAGUAUGUAGCUCUGGGUUUAUAUGAUCCAUAUGCCAAGUUUGUACUCAGAGGGAUCAUCCUCAAAGGGUCAACCUCAAAGUUACCACAGCAAAGCCUGAAAUAAGCAGAGGAUGGCCUUUUUAGAGAUAUCCAUUGAAGUUCUCAAAAGUGCAGUCAUUGGUUGUUAUCCAUCACACUUUUUGUUGAAUUCAGUGAAAUUAUCCUCGUGUUCAUCUGUCUUCCUAGUGUCUGUGUGCUUUUUAAAAGGCUCUGGUGGUCAGGCACAGUCCUUGCUCUCUGAAUUAUAAAGAGCCAUGCACUAUUUCAGCCUAUCAACAUGUUACUUCAGGAGUACGGAAGGGAGGGGUGUAAUUUGGCUGUUGGACUCAGAUAUUAACCCUGGCCAAGAGCGCCCCAUUAAGACUAUUGCUGGACUUUGGUGCUAAUAGGUUGAGACUUGUGGAGUCUUUCGCCUUUAGGCAUGGUGAUUUGCAGGGUGUUGACAAAUAUCGCUGCAUAAUUGGCAUGCUGCUCUAGGAUGAUGUAACAUUUUAUGAUUUUCUGAAAUUGAAACAUGGGUAUUGGAAUGUUACAAAUUACAAAAGAAUGUCCUGAGGGAGGAAAGAGGAGCCUCAAUGAUAUGUUCACUGCAGUCUGUUCCUGUCCUGUUGUGUGGGCAGCUGUGAACCAGACUGUACUGGAUAAGUAUACAUAGGACAGAUGACUGCAGAGUAAAACUGGAUUAGCAGCUCUUGUUACACAUUCUGCUUUAGGUCAUGAGAAAUAAUAUUUCCCAAGAAUGUGCAUCUUCCUGAGCCUCAGUUUGUUCAGCUCCAAGUUGCUCUAAUUGCAUAUGGAAGACUGAAAGACUUGUGUUAUGGUGGAGGCUUGUCACCAUCUUGGGUGAACUCAAUGACUGUAGUGUCAUCAGCAAAUUAAUGAGUUUUACAGAAGUGUCUAUGGAGAUGCAGUCAUAAGUGUAGAGAAUGGGUUUUAAAUUGGUCCCAAGGAACAUCACCUCGAUAAAGGAAGCAACCUCAGGGCCAUCACCGAAUAACAAAGUGCUUAUCACUUUGAAACUACAUUGCAGAUGCAUGGUCGGUGACCACCAGUGGGCUGCAGACCACUGGUUAAAAACCCCUGGUGUAGAGGGAGAAGUGUAGCUAAGAGAACACGGAUCCCUAGGGAUCACUAGUGCUGAUUGUACUUAUGUCAGAAGUGAUUCCCCCAGAGAAGUCCCCCAGUCUCACUUCUUGUUCCCUGUCAGGAAGCUGGUUAUCCACUGACAGAUAGCAGGAGAAACUCUUAAGCGGUGAAAAUUUGGGGCAGACCAUUUCUGAAAUAAUGGUGCUGAAUGCUAUCCUGAAGUCCACAAACGGGUGUCCCUGGGAAGUCAAGGUGUUUCAUGCAGUCCAAUGUUUAUAGACCUGUUUGCCUGUUAAGCUAACAGCAGCAUGUCCAGGUGAUGCUCUUCGGAUGGGCCAAUAUUAGUCUUUCAAACCUCGUCAUGACCACAGAGGCCUGUAGUCAUUUCAUGCUUUUAUCCGAAUUAGUGUAAAAUGAGAAUGGAGACCUGUCUAAAGUGUUACAAUUGGACUGAUUCUCCCCUACUAAAGUCUUAAAGGCUUAAAAGACAGUCAAAUCGAGUCUUUUAUAAAGUGUCUUACCUCAAAUAUUGUACUCCCAAUAACAGUCAGCCUCUUAAUCUCUAUAAUAUGUGGCUUGAAUGUCCAAUUCACACCAUACUAUAGAUGGAAAAAAAUGCUCCAUAAAAUUUAAUGCGACAUGGUGUUACCAUGUACAACCCCUGACAAAAUGUAUUGAAUUACAACUCUUGGAGGAUAUUCAUUCAGUUGUUUUAUUUUUUAGAAAAAAUACAAAUUGCAGAUAUGCCUCAAAAAUAUUUGUUAUUUAACAUGCAGAAAUUUAUUUACAGCAAAGGUAGACCCACCUAUGUUGUUUCCUGACUGUUGAUGCUGUUUAUUGUCAGUUUGUAAAGUUUAGGCGAAGUAAGAAGUAAUGUUAGGAAUCUCUGAUCAAUGUGAUUGGUAAGGCUGGUCCAAUGAUUUCAAAGUUAGUGCCGUCACGAUUCAAGUGUUGCAAACGUUUCCCAAUCGAGGGUCACCAGACUCUGUUCACUUUGUGAAUGAGUUUGGAUUUUUCCAGGCUAUAACAAUCUAGCUUUGUGAAACAUCUCUUAAUGUUACAAAAAUUGUAGUAAUUAAAGGCAAUUUAUUUUUCAGAUCAUGCAGGAAAAACACAUUGAAUCACUCAAUCCUGAGGGGAAAAAAAUAUGGAAUCACAAACCUAAAACAAUCAUAAUUAGUACUUUGUUGCACCUCCUCUGGCUUUUAUGACUGCUUGAAUUCUCUGAGGCAUUGACUUCACUAUGUGGAACAGUAUUCUUCAUAAAUCAGUUUUCAACUUUGUCAAAUAGCAGUGGACAGAUCAGCUUUACAGGAUGGUCCCUUAUCAUGCACUAUUUUCUUCCAUUUCCACCACUUUUCUCAUUCCAUCAAUUGAAAGGAGUUUUCCAGGAUGAUAAUGCAUAUUGCCAAGAACAUUAACAACUUUUCUUCAGGAAAGACAUAUCCAUCAAUGAAAUGGCCAGCAAACCAUCUGGAUCUCGAUGCCAUUGAAAAUGUAUGAAACUAAGGUAAAUGGUGCAAGGCAAGGCAACAUCCUGCAGAGCUGAUCUGUCAACUGCUAUUUGACAAAGUUGAAACCUCAUUAAUGAAGAAUACUGUUCUACAUUAGUCAAGUCUAUGACUCAGAAAUCAAGUGGUCAUAAAUGCCAGAGGAGGUGCAACAAAGUACUAGUUAUGAGGCAUAAAACAGCUGAAUGAACAUCCUCCAAGAGUGGUGAUUCCAUAUUUUUUGCCAGGGGUUGUACUAUCCGAAAGAAAAUAAACCACACUUCCCAACUCCUCUUCACCCCAUAUACUGUUCAAACUCCUUGUAAACUGCAAGUCUUACAUGCUCUUUCUUUGGUUACUGAAUGAUUUUUGAAACUUAAAUUCUUGCAAAUGUUUACAACUCCAUUUCCAAAAAAGUUGGGACGUUGUGUAAAAUGUAAAUAAAAGCAAAAUGAUAA